ACCAAGGUUACCAGAGUAAUAUAGAAAUAAAGUUAUUAAUAUAUAAACAUACUAAUAUAUAAACAAAACUAUUGAGAACUACUUAAAAACGAGUACUAUUAUAAAAGAAAAUAUUAAUUUUAUAUAAACAUAUAUUUUACUUGGUUAUUAAUGUGACCAAUAGAGAGUAGCUUUUAAUACAACGUGAGCCAAUGAGAGCGCAGAAUGUGGCGCAGCGGAGAAAUUAGUUUCCGGAUUUUGCACGAGGUUUGCUCGUGGAGUCAGAGGCAGCUCUCUCUAUCGUGCAUAGGUGCUGAUGAGCGCGGUGUUUGCUGACGCUCCGGGGAACAGAAACAUAGAAAUAAUCUUCUGGAUGUGUUUUAUCGAUGGAUUGAUGUAAGUGAAGUGACGCAUUUUAUUUUCCAUUGGUUGUGAAUGACGUUGAUAUUGUAAUGUGAGUGAAAUGGACAUUCAAUUUGUAAAAUAUAAAAGUUAAUGGUGAUAUGCAUAUACUUUACUAGCGACAGAGUGUUGCUAAAGUGUUUACGAAGUGUAUUUUUGAUUAAAAAGGUUAAAGAAAAGGGUUUAAAUCGGACGCGUUGUAACCGCUCCAUUCUGGAAUUUUCUGUGAGUUUAAAGAUCUCCUUGGUCAGGUUUUUUGUUUUUGUUUGGUUUUGUUCUGUUUUUCUUGUUCUGCCCUUGUCCAAAUUGGAUUGCUGUCCUGUCCGAUGUGACGAGAUGUACCGAUGCCUGUAUUCUGGAUUUGUCCCGGCCUUCCAGUGGUUUUGAGGAGGGUUUGGACUGGCGAGCCUCCCUUGAGUUGUUCUUGGAUUUUCUGUGGAAACAAAAGAUUUUCUGAACUCUGCGAAUGGUAGGAAAUCGAAUAACUCUUCUUUUUUUGUGUUUUGGAUGGAGAUGUUCCUCAUGGACAAAGAAAAGACAUUUGUACUUCUAUGGACCAUUUGAAGAACUGUUUUUCUUGAAAGACUGAGAAAUUGAGGAUUUUGAGAUCAAAGGACAUUAUUUUAUUUCAUUGAGAAGUGUCAAUUUUCUGGGUUGACAAGUGAUAUAUUGUUUGGGUUUUGAUACUUGAACACUAAUUUUUGGGUGAAUCGAACACUGAGUUAAAGUGAAUAAAGUACUUACCUUGUUGACAAUCAAGGGAAAAGUUUCACGAAACCUGUGAAAAGAAAAGAUUGAUAGGAAAAUUCAGAAACAAUAUUUUCAAUUGUGAAAAUAUAUAUAUAUAUUUUUUAUUAUUUCACAUUGAUUCAACUUACCUUUUGAAUGCAGUCAAACAAAUACACAUUGUGUGUUCAACCAAAUUAUUCUUCAAGUCUGUUCACUGUUGUUGUUGCAUCUUUCUCAGUAGCGAAUCUGUCCUUCUGAGACGCUGGUCCAUAGAUUGGCAUAUAACAAGUUAAUUAUUUAUUAAAUCUACAAGUUAUUAGCCAGAUAGAAAGCGGUACAAAAACUUGGCGAGAGCCAGCCAGGAGAUUGAUUGCCUAACAACAACAGUGACCUCUCAGUACGACAAAAAGAUAAUUCUUUCUGUGAAACAAGCUAUCUCAGUUUUAUCAGUAUGGAUAUAGUGGAACGAGAAAACGUGAAUGUUUCCAAUGCUGUCAUAGUUGGUGGCAUAACAUUGAGUGAAUCUGACCAAAACUUAGAAGCAUGGCUUGUACGGUAUGGCAGCAUUAGUCGUAAUCUGCUUAUUGAUGACCCAACAUCUGAAUUUCAUCGGCAGGCUAUAAUAGAGUUUGCACAUAGCUCUGCAAUGAAAAACCUGAACCCUCUGUUGCCUUUAAGUAUUGUUAGCACUUCGGAUGCAGAUGUCAUAUUCACUGUACGUGCCCUAAGCAGUGUAUACUCACCUGUAGUUAAAGAUGACGCUACUAAGGGCUAUUUAGCAGAAUUGAAAGCCAUUGCUAAUGCUACUGGCAAAUCUUUUGAAGAAGUGCUUCAAGAGGAGUUAGUAAAAAUGAGGUCAGUUGGCCCUCCCACCGAACAUUUGCCCAGCUGUAAUGUAGCAGACUCCCAAACUCAGGGACUCAGUACUGCCAGUUCAGUCAAUGACCGUGGGUCACCCGCCACAUCACAGAGAAUGGGAGAAAGUAGAGAUGGAACCUUCUCACCAAAUGUUUCUCCAUUGCUGGGUGUUGGAAGCCAGAAAACUCAAAACCUGUCCAAGGAGAAUGAGAUGAAUACUGUACCUAAUACUGGUAGAAUUAACAAUCCUUCAGCCACAGGUAUACCACAUCCAGUUCUGACCAUGGAUAUGAUAGAUCCUCCUGGUGUGCAAAGAGUCGUGGUUGAGCACGUUGUGAGGACAAGUGAUAUGACAGCCCAGCAUACUUCCCUACGUCUCAGAUCCUUCUCAGGGAAAAUUCCACGCCCACCCAAUGAACCCGACUUUGAAACAUGGCGAGCAAGUGUGCAAUUCCUACUGGAUGAUCCAUCGGUUUCAGACUUGUCUCGUACAAGAAGAAUUCUAGACAGCUUGCUUCCACCUGCUGCUGACGUAAUCAAACACAUUAGCCCACAAUCAUCGCCCUCAGUAUAUUUAGAGUUGCUAGAAUCAGUGUAUGCAUCAGUGGAGGAUGGGGAAGAGCUGCUGGCAAAGUUCAUGACGAUGUUGCAGAAUCAGGGAGAAAAGCCUUCCAGCUACCUGCAUCGAUUACAAGUGAUGUUAAGUGCAGCGGUGAGGAGAGGUGGCAUUGCAGAGAGGGAGCGUGAUCGCAGUUUGUUGAAUCAAUUCUGUCGUGGGUGCUGGGAUAAUGGCUUAAUUGUCAGUCUUCAGCUGGAAAGGAGAAAGAAUAACCCACCUUCCUUCGCUGAACUUGUGGUGUCUGUCAGAGCGGAAGAAGACCGGCAAGCUUCAAAGGAGGAUCGGAUGAGGAGUCAUUUUGGGAUGACUAAACAAAGUCUAGCCACUUCCAAGUCACGAGCUGCAGCUCAUCAGUUGUCUGCUCACUCACAAGAGGUAGUCAGCGGAGCAGCCCCUGAAACAGACUCCAUGAGAAAACAAAUAUCAGAAAUUCAUGCUCGACUUGCCUCCAUGCAAUCAUUGACUCACCAGAAGUGCCAGCCUGCUUGUUCCAAAGUAGUGGAUGUGACUUCGCUGAAAAAAGAACUGACUGAACUACGAGCCCAGGUUCAAGCUGCAGUUUCCCAAAAGGUCCAGAACAGAAGCUUCAGAAGCUGA